UCAACAGGCAGGGAAAGCCCUCACACAGUAAGUACAGUGUCUCCGCGCUGAGGGCUGCGCCUCCACACGGACUGAAAACCGCUCCCUGUCAGCGACGUGAAGCUUUAGCACGGGUUUGUUUUGAAAGCUGUAGCACGGGUUAGUUUUGACGCUUUGGCACGGGUUCAUUCUGAGGGGGGGGACAUGGCUGAUGUGACUUCUAACGAGUCGUCCACCGCGGACGUAGCGAACAGGUUUGCUCGCAAAGGUGCUCUGAGGCAAAAGAACGUCCACGAGGUGAAGAACCACAAAUUCAUAGCCCGCUUCUUCAGGCAGCCGACUUUCUGCAGCCACUGCACCGACUUCAUCUGGGGGUUUGGAAAGCAAGGAUUCCAGUGCCAAGUUUGCUGUUUUGUGGUCCACAAGAGGUGCCAUGAGCUCGUCACGUUCUCCUGCCCCGGGGCGGAUAAAGGGCCCGACACAGACGAUCCCCGAACAAAGCACAAGUUUAAGAUCCACACCUAUGGGAGCCCCACGUUCUGUGACCACUGUGGCUCCCUGCUGUACGGCCUCAUCCACCAGGGCAUGAAGUGUGACUCCUGCGAUAUGAACGUCCAUAACCAGUGUGUGAUGAACGUGCCCAGCCUGUGUGGAACGGAUCACACCGAGAGGAGGGGGCGUCUCUACCUCAAGUGUGAGGUCACAGCAGAGAAACUGCAGGUCACAGUAAUUGAAGGAAUAAACCUGAUCCCCAUGGACCCCAAUGGCCUGUCUGAUCCGUAUGUGAAGCUCAAGCUCAUACCUGACCCAAAAAACGAGACCAAGCAGAAGACCAAAACCAUCCGAUCCAACCUCAACCCCAAAUGGAACGAGACUUUUAAUUUCAAGCUGAAGCCCUCAGAUAAGGACCGCAGGCUGUCGGUGGAGGUGUGGGACUGGGACCGGACCACCAGGAAUGACUUUAUGGGAUCUCUGUCCUUUGGAGUAUCAGAGCUCAUGAAGGCUCCAGUCUGCGGCUGGUAUAAGUUAUUGUGCCAGGAAGAGGGCGAGUACUACAACGUUCCCAUCUCAGAGGAGGACGACGGCAACGAGGAACUAAGGCAGAAAUUUGAGAAAGCCAAGCUUGGCCCGGGUAAGAAGGCGAUCACUGAGACAGACGAUGGACACUCCAGUCUGCUACCUUCCAACAACCUGGACCAGGUCAGGCUCAGCGACUUCAUCUUCCUGGCCGUGCUGGGGAAAGGAAGCUUCGGCAAGGUGAUGCUGGCUGAGAUGAAGACCACUGAGGAGCUGUACGCCAUAAAGAUCCUGAAGAAGGACGUGGUGAUCCAGGAUGAUGACGUGGAGUGCACCAUGGUGGAGAAGAGGGUCCUGGCCCAGCAGGACAAGCCGCCUUUCCUCACAUUUCUGCACUCGUGCUUCCAGACAGUGGACCGUCUCUAUUUUGUCAUGGAGUAUGUGAACGGAGGAGACCUCAUGUAUCAUAUCCAACAAGUGGGCAAGUUCAAGGAGCCUCAGGCAGUGUUCUAUGCAGCAGAGAUCGCUGUUGGUCUCUUCUUCCUGCACCUCAAAGGCAUCAUAUACAGGGAUCUAAAGUUGGACAACGUGAUGCUGGACUCAGAGGGACACAUAAAGAUCGCUGACUUCGGCAUGUGCAAAGAGAACAUGGUGGAGGGAGUGUCCACACGCACCUUCUGCGGCACUCCAGACUACAUCGCACCGGAGAUCAUCGCAUAUCAGCCGUACGGACGCUCUGUAGACUGGUGGGCGUACGGAGUUCUGCUCUAUGAAAUGCUGGCAGGGCAGCCUCCGUUCGAUGGAGAGGAUGAAGACGAGCUGUUCCAGUCCAUAAUGGAGCACAACGUGUCCUACCCCAAGUCCCUGUCCAAAGAGGCCGUCUCCAUCUGCAAAGGGCUGAUGACCAAACACCCGUCCAAGCGUCUGGGCUGCGGCACCGAGGGAGAGCGGGACAUCAGAGAACACGCCUUCUUCAGACGCAUCGACUGGGAACGCCUCCAGAACCGAGAGAUCCAGCCGCCUUUCAAGCCCAAAGUGUGCGGCAAAGGAGCCGAGAACUUCGACAAGUUCUUCACGCGCACCCAGCCGCAGCUCACACCGCCGGACGAGCUCGUCAUGGCCAACAUCGACCAGGCGGAGUUCGCAGGCUUCUCCUUCAUCAACCCACAGUUUGUAAAUCCGGCCAUCAACAACAGCGUAUGAGAUGGACGGAGGGACCUCUCUGACGAACCUCCCGCCCACUCACUGCCACCAACCUAAACCAACCGCCAACUGGAUGAAGGCCCGUUAUAUGAACCUUUACGUACAUGUUUUAUUCAUUAACAGCAUUCUAGGGCAUGCAUUUUUCUUCUGUAUUAUAUAUUUGCCAGUGUAGAUAAUAUACAUUAGAUUGGUACGAUUGAGUUAAAUGAGAAGCGUGACAUAAUUCUGUCCUGUUUGUAAUGAAGGUUUACCAUAACUGGAGGCACUGACACAGACGACCUGUAAAUGACAUGAACAAGAAGCAGAUCUGAAAGGAUAAACGUUGGGGUCUACAUACAACUCCGGGCAACUCCGGUUUGUGUUUAAAUCAAACUAACAUGUGAUGUUAAUAAUAUGUGACUCCAAACUUCAAAAUAAGAUAAUUUGCCGAAAAUGACAUCUGGUCAAGAGAAUGAAGGGAUGUAGGAUAUUUCGGACCACAAAUGUUGCAACAAAGACAAGUUCAUAUUCAUUUUUCAACAACAGAAAACUAAUGUUUAAAUUAAAGAAGGAAGGAAGUUCAAAGAUCUUUAUUUGGUGGAAUCAUUUUCACUCCAACUGUUCUUUUAAUCAGCAUCUCUAGAUGCAUAAAGCUAAGUGGCAAACCAUCAAAGAAAUCUGAGUGGCUUGGCCUUUUUUGUGCCAAGAGGGGAAUAAAUGGUUAUUUGACUUGA